AACAUGGCCGAACAGUGUUAAGGUUGUGACAGGAUGUUUCAUCAUUCUUGAUAAGAUGUCAUAGCAUCAAUUAUUAGAAACAAACAACAAUAAUCUGUCGUUUAAAAUGUUUUUAAUAUUGUAAGAUACCUCAAUAACCAAAGUGCUAACUUGCGGUAUAGGAACAGUUCGUGCCAUUGGCUACGUCGGCUAGCUAGCUAGUUAGCUAACGUUAGCUGCCUCAGUAUGUUGCUGAACAACCGGAGAGGAAAGUUCAUGGAGGAAAAUUCGAGCAGUAACCACAUACUACUUCGGAGGAGUUUAACCGCUAGCACUAGAAGAACGGAGACCAGCGUCUUAACCUUUCCGCCAGAGGAUGAUGACGAGGUCGAAUUUGACACUUCUGAUUCUGCCGUUAACUGUGAGGUUCUUAUGGGUGGGAAACAACGCCCAUCCCUCCAGGAGUUUGCCUCUGCCAUCCCAAACCACCUGCUGCUGGGCUCCCUGCUGGAACACCUGUGCUUUGUCUAUGAGAAAGAUCCGCACCGCUCACGUCUGCUCUUCAAGGUGAUUGGUCAGCGUCUGGCAGCGUUGAACCUUCUCUCUCCGCUGGCGAUCAGUGAUGAGUUCAGCACGGUGAGGCUGCAGCACAACAGGGCCUUCACUGAGCUCCUGCAUGCAGCCAGCUCCUCUCUCUUCCCCCAGGAUCACAGGUAUUUAACAACAGAUGCACAGAGCUUUACAAGAUCAAAAGAUGGCCUAUUCCAAGCACAGACAUCUCGCUACCUCAGCGAGUUUGAGGAAAUAUGUACACUGGGCAAAGGAUCAUACGGCAAAGUAUUCAAGGUGACAAAUAAGUUGGAUGGCCAGAAUUAUGCAGUGAAGAAGAUUCUAAUCAAGAACGUCACAAGGGAGGACUGCAUGAAGGUCCUUCGUGAAGUGAAAGUCUUAUCCAGUCUACAGCAUGCUAAUAUAGUGGGUUAUCACACCGCGUGGAUGGAGCAUGUGCAGCCUGCAGCAAAAAACACAACAUCCAUCCCUUCCAAGUAUCCUGCUCUGGAAACAGCUUCACUGAGAGAAGACAGUGCAGAGGCAAGUGUUGGCAGUAGCAUUGGCUCCUCCAUAGUGUUUGAAAGCUCGGAAUGUGUGAAGGACAAGACAGAGGAUGCAUUCACCAAAGUGAGCACAUCGAAGCACAUCUCUGGAAAAGUGUCUGUCUCCAAAGAGGAACAGGGCCAAAUGGUGUGUCCCAAAGGCAUGCACAAUGUGGAGGACUUCGUCCCCUGUGUCUUCCUGGGACAUCAGCGCUCGGCGGCAAGCAGGUGCCCUGUGGCCAGCAAGGAUGGUUCAGUAUUGACAGGAGGGGAUCUCAGCAGGAACAGGCUGGAGAUAAACAACAACUCAUAUCUGGAUGUGGACAGCCAGCAGUGGGAGGAAAAGAGCCCCAAAGAGGUGCAGUUCUACUUGAUGCUGUACAUCCAGAUGCAGCUGUGUGAACUCUCCCUGAGAGACUGGAUCCUGGAGCGGAACACCAGGCCCAGAGAGGAAGUGGCGGGCCCCUCAGAUCCUUACAGAUGUGUGGAUGCAGAACGCACUUUCAGCAUUCUUCGGACAAUACUGGAGGGAGUGCAGUAUAUUCACUCCAAGGGAAUCAUGCACAGAGACCUUAAGCCAAGAAAUAUUUUCCUUCAUGGACAUGACUGCCAUGUGAAGAUUGGAGACUUUGGCCUUGCCUGCAGAGAUAUCAUCUUUGAUGACCGCAUGCAGCUACCUGCUACCUCACACAGCAGCGGCUCCUCACAUACCACUGGAGUAGGAACAUUCGUCUAUGCUGCACCUGAACAACUAGAAGGCUCUCGUUAUGAUUCAAAGUCGGACAUGUACAGCGUGGGAGUGGUCGCACUGGAGCUCUUCCAGCCCUUUGGGACGGAGAUGGAGCGCGUGCAGAUUUUAGGGGAACUGCGGCAGGGCAAGGUCCCGGACACCUUGUGCGAGCGCUGGCCUGCCCUGGCCAAGUACAUCCGGCUACUGACAAGCCCAGACCCCGCACUUCGGCCCAGCGCGGCCCAGGUGCUGCAGAGCGAACUCUUCAACAAUGCGGACAGGGUUAUCCAUAGUUUGCAGAGGAAAGUGGAGGAGCAGGAAGAGGUGAUUGUGCAGCUGAGGAGGCAGAUCAGUGAACUGCAGAGUUCACAGAAUGCAGCACAACAGAUGGACCUGACUUGACUACAACAUGGAAGAGGCUGUGGAGUGCAUGCUUUAAUUUAUACUUGUAAAAUAUGUGAAUAAUAUAUUGCAAGUGGUUUUACAGUGCCUUCAAUAUUUAUUUAUACACAUAACUAAGUAGGUACAAAACAUGCAAUAAAAGAAAAAAUGUACAUAUUAGGGGUUCUUUUUCAACAUGGCUGGAACCUUGGGUGGAUUGUUUGGAAGACGCCUCUUUUGAAGGCAAGCCACAAAAAGAGGCCACUUGAAGCAGCCAUCGGAAUAGCAACUGGAACCAUGUCUCUUGGUCAGAUGACUCCUAUUCUUCACCUUCAUGUUUGACCUAAAAAGGUGAAGCCUAUGUUGAGAGAGAACCUUUGCCCAUUGUGAAAUGGUGGGGAGUUUAUUGUGUUUUGAGGUUUUGCAUUUCUGGGUCCUGGUACCCUUGUAAAUAUAGAGGGAGUUAUUAAGUUCAACAUGUGCUAAGACAAUUUGGCUAGAAAGCAGAUUCCCUUUGCAAAGAAGCUGAAAAUUGCCAGUCUUGCAUGACAACGUUCCAAAGCAUCCACAAUGAAAUGGUUAACUCAGCAUAAAGUGAAUAUUCUUAACUGAUAAUCUUAAUCACCAGACCUCAGCUUUCAAAAUGAAAACCAAAACAACCCAGAGCAAUUCUGCCAAACAUUAUGGAUACAAAUCCCACUCAGAAUAGACAGAACUUGACAGGGGGCAUGUUAUAAGUGAAAUUUGUGCUAGAGGACGAUUUACAAAAUUCUAAAUAGAAGA